AAACACCAACGAAGAAGUCCAGUUGAACUGUAGCGAACACUGGUGUGUUCUGGAGACGAAGGCGGUGAAAAGAUAAAUAAACAUGGAUAAAAAGAAGAAACACUUUGACGUGACGGCUUCGUCGUUAGUGGACCUUAAAGCUGAGUUGUACAGGAAGCAGGAACAAUUCAAACAAGAGAAGCUUGGGCAAGAAAAUGCUGGUGGUGGAUCAAAAUCAAAAUCCAAAGUAAAGAAACCUAAUGUGUGGACUAAACAAAACCCCGGUGUUUCAUCAAGGGCCGAGAAAGAUACAGAGCAGCUGGUUGAGGAGCAGAAAAGUCUUGAUGCAUCAAAACGCAAGUUGGAGGAGAAGGCAAAACUCUAUGAGCAGAUGACAAAAGGAGAUUUUCCCGAUGAAGAGACAGAGAGUCUGUUCCUGGUGGAUUUCACACAGAAGAUUAUUGACAAAAAGAAACACACAGAAGCAUAUAAGGAAAUGGAGAGAGAUGGAGAUAAAGAAUGUGACAACUCAACACCCGUACCUGCUCCCCAACACCCAAAUGAGGAAUGGGUGGACUAUGUUGAUGCUUUGGGUCGAUCUCGAAGGUGCAUGAAAAAAGACUUGCCUGAUUUUAUGAAAAUGGAUCAAGACCUGAAAGGAAAAGCCUCAUCUGAGAAGACUUUACUCUCUGAAGACAUGCGUCGGGAUCUGCAGAGGCAGGAGUGGGAGAGGGAAGAGGAGGAGGCUAUGAAGAGGCCGAUUGGACCGGUCCACUAUGAGGAUAUAAGAGGCCAAGAGGCUCGUGAGCUUGGUGUGGGCUACUUUGCCUUUUCUCAGGAUGCAGAUCAGCGCAGAAAACAGAGAGAAACUCUGGACAUGCUCAGAGAUCAGACAACAGAUCAGCGCAGUAAAAGAGAACGACUGAAGGAGAAGAGGCAGGCCAUCCUGCAGGCCCGGCUGGCCAAGGUGAGGCAGAGGAAGAUGAAGACCAAGCCAGGUGAAACCGAAGAUGAAGAGAGGGCGGGCGAAAACAAAGAAGAGGAAGAGGAAAGUGAAUUAAUCGGACCACCGCCUCCACUACCAGAGGAAAAUCCAGAGGUCAGUAUCGUGAAGAGGGUAGAAGUGGAGAUCCAGGAGAGAAGGGACACUAAACCAGGAGUUCCUCAUGUCAGAGAGUGGGACAGAGGCAAAGAGUUCAUGUUCAGUGAAUGGAAAAGUCGGCGUCGGGAUGAGCGAGAUUGUGAAUUUGCACCUCCCUCUGCUUAUUUCACCGGUGGGAGAAAACAAAUACCACAGAAGAACGAAACUCAGGAGAAAAAGCCCAGACUGUCCAACAAGUGGACAAAAGGCCCAGAGGAAAUACCUGAGCACAAAGAGGAGCCACAACCUAAGGCUCCAGCUUCUCCUUCAUCUCAAACAGAAUCUGAACAAAAUCAUCAAACUACUUCACAGUCGCAGAUCUCAGUGCAGCCACCACAGAUCUCAGUGCAGCCACCACAGAUCUCAGUGCAGCCACCACAGAUCUCAGUGCAGCCACCACCCUCAAAUACUCCAGUCACUUCAGCUGCUGUGUCUGCUCCGCCUUUCAAUACCCAGUAUCCUCCACUUCCUCCAUUUUAUCCCCCAUUCCUUCCUCCAUACCCUCCUCAGUAUGGUCCACCUCACUAUCCUCCACAGUAUCCACCCCAGUACCCUCCUCAGUAUCUGCCCCAGUAUCCACCGCAGUAUUUCCAGUAUCAUCCUCAGCCUCAGCCUCAUCCUCAUCCUCAUCCUCAGUCUCAGUCUCAGUCUCAGUCUCAGCCUCAGUCUCAGCCUCAGUCUCAGCAGCCCUCGGAGCAAACAUGUGACAGCCAGGCCCAGCAGCCUCCCCCAGAACCUUCUCAGAGUCUGGAUGCCAUGCUGUCCUUCUACAGGAACUCUACUUGACCUCUAAAAUAUUAUGUUCACUUAGUAGUGGAUCGAUAUUAGUUGAUAAAUACAGCUUUAGAGGAAAUCCCAGAAACAGAACAUAGGGCUUCAUGCAGGAACAUAUUGUUAUUGUGUAGAGAACAUUACAGCCUAAAACUAAGUCCAAGUGGAUGAUAACUGCUCAGUGACCUGUAUUUUCCCAAAAGAUAUUUGUAGGAAUAAAAUAUGUCAGUAAAAAUAGUAAAAUCUAUCAAUCUGACAAACCAUGAUGUCACAACCAGAAUAUUUAAUUUGCUAUAGAUGCAUAAAUUGAUUUCAUUUAUUCUGUCAUGUCUAUACUUAUUUUAUUCACAUGAAGACGCUGUGAUCCUUGAAUUGAACAAAGAUGUUUAUCCUCCUCUGAUGGAAGUUCAAUUAAAACAUGUCUGGACUGUCAGGUUUGUCAAAUCAUCAUGUACAAGAUGACACCAAAAAUUCUCUUUAAGACACUCACACCCAUAUGCCACGUGAGAAGCACUGAUACAUCUAGAUCUUAAGUGAGGUCCAAUGUCUGCUCUUAGGAUUUUUGAAUUUAAUAAAUAUCAGUUAUUUAA